UUGAAGGUGUAUAUCCUUACUUUGAUUUCUUUCAUCGUCAUUGUAGUUGGUGAUUGUAGUUUAUACACUGACUUCAUACACUGCUUUUCAAGAUUUAUUUCACCUAGAGAGAGGUUCAGUAAUAUCAGCAAGAUGGCUCUCAGCUUAGAUGACCGCCUGCUCGGGGAGAAGAUGGACAACUACUGUAGUAGCAGUGAGGAUGAGGACGGAGAUGAGAAGGGUAGUGGUGAUGAUGGUGAGGGUGCCUCGAGACAGUCAGCCACCGGGGGAGCCAAGUUUAUACCAGAACCUGAGCUGAAGGCUUACAAUGGACGCUGCACAAAUACAGGACCAAAAGGAGUUAUAAAUGAUUGGCGAAGGUUUAAGCAGUUAGAGGCUGAGAAAAGAGAGGAACAAGACAGAGAAAAGUUGGAACUUCUCAAAAAGCUUUCCAUCACAUGCAGAUCACAUCUAGAUGAUGACAAGGAGAAGAAGAAGGAUGAGGAUUUUAUGUCACAGUUGGAAGAGCUGGAGGAUAUGGAGGAUGAAUUCAUCAAGGAGUACAGGCAGCGGAGAAUAGAGGAGAUGAGAAAGGCCGUCCAAGCUUUACCAAAAUUUGGGAAGGUAGUGGAGCUGGAUGCUAGUAGCUAUGUGGAGUCCAUAGAUAAGGAACACCCCAGCACCACAGUAAUAGUCCACAUAUAUGAGGAAAGCGUUGCUGCAUGUGAAGCUAUGAACGGAUGCCUCAUGUGCCUUGCAACAGAGUAUCCUACAGUAAAGUUCUGUAAACUCAAGGCUUCUAGUGCAAGACUCAGCUUGAAAUUUGCUGAAAAUGGUGUGCCAGCAUUACUGAUCUACAAGCACGGGGACCUGAUAGGGAAUUUUGUGGGGUUAGCCAGAGAGUUUGGAGAAGAUUUCUUUGCCACAGACAUAGAAAGCUUCCUGCAAGAAUAUGGCUUCUUACCAGCUCAGGAGAUUGUGAACUCAGUAAUACGGCAGCAGCAGGGACAACAGCAGGACAGUGACUUUGAACUGGACUAGCCUACAAAAUUGCUCAGUAUUUAUGACCAAUCCCAGGGUCAAACACAUAAUAAGUAGUAUAAAGUCAUAAUAGUGGAUUUCCUUACAUGGCAACUGUUCUUUCAUAAUCUGACCAUGUAUGUCAGUAACAUAAUGUUUUUGACUUCAAUAAUUCAGCUCAUUGACAAAGAAUUAAUAUAUCAUGGCAACUGUUUUUUCAUAUUCUGAUGCUGAUAUAGAUACCAUUUGUAUCAGCUGCAUGAUAAUGUUGACUUGUGUAAUUUAGCUUAAGCAAUUAAUGUAUCAUAUUAUUUCUUGGUUACUUGUCAAUGAGUUUUUGACAGAAUAUUUAUCUGUCUAUGAAUUUUUGCCCCAUCUGCUAUUGCUAAAGACUAAAUUUAUUUUAUUAAAUAAGGUCACAACUGAGUGUGUGUAGUGUAUGGCCACAGUUGUGACCCAAGGGCAUGAGAUGAACAGCUGUUUAUUAUUGCCAUAUUUUAUUUUAUUGUACCGUGUUGUCAUUGUUAUUUAAUCCUGUAAAAAUUGCUGUUUUUAAGUAAAAUGUAAAAAAAAAUCUUUUUGAAUGGAAAUAAUCCAGACCCUCACCUGGUAAGUAAAUAUGACUGCUGAUAUAAACAAAUUCUUUGUCCUGUCUUAACCUUAAAGUUAAUUUCAUUUUAAUAGUUUCUUUCCUUUGAAACAUCAUAUAAAAGUAAAUUGAGCAAUUAACAUGUAGACAAGAUAAUCAAAAAUAAUUUUUUUGAAAUUUGAUCAAGGAAAAUGUCCAUAUGUUCACUAAUUUAAAUAUGAAUUUUUAAAAUUUACUUGUAUGUUGAUAUUUUCUCAAAGCUUAAAAACUUAUAAAUUCCAAUUUUUGUCUUUAUUUUACCGAAACUUUUACGCUAUAUUUAUGUUGUAUUUAAGUGUUUCAUUUUGCUCAAAGUGCAAUAUUUUAUAUUAUUGUUAGAAGGUAUUCACAUGUGAGUUUUAAACUGUGUGAAUGGGUAUAACAGUGUGUGUGUUGAGGGGGG